GCGUUGUGAGAGUUUUGCACUCUAAAAAGCUUCUUCGCACACAUCCUUAUUGUCGCUCUGUUGUAAAAGAAUUUGUUCAUGCUUUGAGUCGUGCGUACAUCGAGUUAUUAUGCACGCGGGAAGUUUGGAGGGCCCUCAAAUAGCUAGAGUAGCUCGAGGCUACGCAUCGAGCUACUUUUACGCAGUUUUCGUGCUCUCCAAACUUCCCGCGUGCAUCCAUGACUCAAUAUACGCACGCUAAGCAUGAACAAAUUCUUAAUCGUUAAUCAUAGGUUAGGACCAAAGGAAAUUUGUGCUAGCUGUUUGGUUGGUUUUAAUCUUAACAGAACUAAAUCCCCAAAUUGUAAUAUAAUUGCCUCUCUAAUCUAAUUCAUAACAGAGCGGUCAUUUUGUUUGAUUGUUACUUGGGCACAAGCUUCUAAAAUCUGUCACAUUCGGUUGUCACGCCAUCUAUUUCACACUCAAUAAGGCUCUGGUGCGAGCUGGCUUUGGGAGUGCGUAAGUGCAAGAAAACAUGGCUUCCCUCCUUGUAGCGUUUCGCAAGCGCUGCGGUCCUUUCCUGGCUUUCCUUUUGUUAGUUACCUUUCUACUCGUUUGUCAUGUUAUUUAUCACGUGAGAGAUAAGCAUAGAAGAGAAAUAAGAUUCCUGACGUACAACAUUUGGAAUUCGCCUUUCAAGAUGCGAGAGAGGAUGGAAGCACUCGGGGAAAUUGUACAGAAGAUCGAGCCAGAUGUUAUCACAUUUCAAGAAAUCACGCUAGACAACCUGCAAGUUCUGAGAGAACAGCUCUGGUUUUCUCGCUACCACCUUAUUCCGCAAGGCGUUUUGAGAUCCGAUGGAAAACAUUUUGUCAUUAUUUUGAGUGUUUUUCCUGUUGACAAAUGGUUAGUUCAUCCAUUCUCAAAUUAUAACGAUUCUACAACGGACCGAGGACUUGUUUUAGCAGAAGUAAGGAACACUAUUCCUUCUUCAGAUGUUAUUUUUGGCUUUGCAGGAACACAUUUGGCAUAUCAUCACUUGGAAUCUAUUGAACGCGAACAACAGUUGAAAGAAUCAUUUCACAUUAUCUCUGCUUACGAUAACGUUUGUGUCAUGGGAGAUUUGAACAUCAAGGAUGAUAUCGAUGGCGAAGUUGUGCUGCCACCGGCUUGGUUUGAUGUUUGGCUAUCGAUUUCCGGAAAUUCCAACAAAGCUGGGUUCACGUACGAUCGGGAUAAAAUUUCAAUAAUGAAAGAUCAGCCAGUCAAUGCAAAGCCGCGCAAGGUGCGCUGUGAUCGUGUCCUUUGCAAGCUGUUGGAUUUCAAGGUUAAAGAAAUGAGAAUUGUUGGCGAUGAGGUGACAAGAACUGGUGUACUUGCUAGUGAUCAUUUCGGUCUAUUUGUAGUCAUUGAACACAUUGAGAAACCUGGACAUGAAAAGCAGAAACAAACAUCACAAACUGUGAAUCAAGUUUAUUUUAAGAGACCAAAAGGCUGGGAAAAAUUAAUGGGGUAAGUGAAAAUUGAGGCUGGUACCUUCAUGUUGCCUGUCGUUCAAUUUUCUGUCAUUAUAUUUGUAUUAUAAGGAGUAUGUUAAAAAUAAUCUAAAAUAUUGUUAGAGCCUCUAGUCUGUAGGGAUUAUUUCCAGAAUUAACACUGUAGGUAUCAGUUAUUUAAAGCAUGGUUAUUUAAUUCAUCACUGAUACUGUCAUACUGCUUGUUAAAUGCAACUGAGGAAAAGAAACAGAUGCAUAGAUUAAAAUAAUAUAUCUUACACCGUUUUUUUUUUUCUUAAUUCUUAAUUUAGUUCUAUUUUACUCGGGUUUGCUGCGCAUGGAACAAAUUAGCUCUCAGCAUUAGGGAACCUAACACCUUACCAGCCUAUUGUGAAAAAGUGUUUAAUUAUUCUUAGGUUAAGUUCAGUGCCGAUUUCUUAUUGCAAGAAAUUGCUGAAUUUUUUUAUGAUAACCUCAGUGCCAAUUUUUAUCAUAAUAUUCUUAUCUCUUUUUUGUGUUUAGAGUAGUAUUUUUAACUAACAAUUUUUUAACUUGGUAGAUAAUCAAGGCAGCUUAUAGAUUGUAGGGAAUCUUGUAUUCUGUUUUAAGCUGUUCUGAAAUGGAUUAUAUUGACAUAUGCAAUGUGACUAAAUUGUAAUUUGUAUUAAAGAUUGGAAUUUGUGAA